GCGCGAGCUAAUCGUGUCACAUCCACCUGGCAACAGCGACCCAAACCCGGAUGUGGAUUCUCGAACUUCACGUCGACUUUAACGCCGUGAGGGUGAUGCGUGAUGGGAACGACCAAGCAUCAGCAUAAAGACCUCUGGAUGGUGAAGGAUGCAUUUGAGUUGGUUGAGUUGGUCAGCAUAAAGACCCCUGGAUGGUGAAGACUGACUCACCGAUCUCCACCAGAGUGAUCUACUGACGGCAAUUAACCAGUAAGCAUUCAACCCCUCCACGAUGGCGAGCUCAGACCCCGGCAACCCUGCUCAUGUGGCCUUCGAUAACUUCAUCCAGGCUCAGAGCUACAAGGAUGUCCAGCGCUACUUCACGGAGCUCUGCAAGGAGCUGCAGAUCAACCCCAGAGAAUAUAGGAGUUUCUACAGCAACCUGAAGGAGAGACUCAACUACUGGAAGGCCAAAGCUUUAUGGACAAGACUGGACAAACGGGCCUGCUUGUCGGAGUAUCAGCAGAGGAGGGCAUGCGACAAAAACAAGUGUCUGAUUUUGGGUGCCGGCCCGUGUGGACUGAGGGCGGCCAUCGAGCUGUCCCUGCUGGGGGCUCAGGUGCUGGUGCUGGAGAAGAGGCUGGACUUCUCCAGAAACAAUGUUCUGCAUCUGUGGCCCUUCACCAUCCACGACCUCCGAGGCCUGGGAGCCAAGAAGUUCUACGGAAAGUUCUGCUGCGGCUCUCUGGAUCACAUCAGUAUCCGUCAGCUGCAGCUCAUCCUCCUGAAAGUGGCCCUCCUCUUCGGGGUUGAGGUCCACACUGGCGUGGAGUACCUGGGUUUGGUUGAGCCAACAGGAGACAAAGGCUGGAUGGCUAAGCUUCAGCCAGCCUCCCAUCCUGCUUCUGCCUACCAGUUUGACGUCUUCAUCUCAGCUGGCGGUGGCAAGUUCGUCCCUGAAGGGUUCAAGCACAAGGAGCUGAGAGGGAAACUGGCCAUCGGCAUCACCGCCAACUUCAUCAACAGGAACUCCGCCGAAGAAGCUCAAGUUCCAGAAAUCAGCGGCGUCGCUCGAAUCUACAACCAGAAGUUCUUCAAGCAGCUGCUCAUAAAUACCGGCAUUGAUCUGGAGAACAUCGUCUACUACAAAGACGACACUCACUACUUUGUCAUGACGGCGAAGAAGAAGAGCUUGUUGAAUAUGGGUGUCAUUAAAAAGGACCACAGCGAUGCUGAGGAGCUCCUCGCUUCUGCAAACGUGGACUGUGAGGCUCUGCACAGCUAUGCCUACAAAGCUGCCGACUUCUCCACAGGUCACAAACUUCCUGACCUGAAGUUUGCUCAGAACCACGUCGGACAGCCUGAUGUGGCCAUGUUUGACUUCACCUCCAUGUACCGAGCUGAGAACGCCUCGCUGGUCCGAGAGAGGAAGGGCAAGAAGCUGCUGUUGGCUUUAGUUGGAGACUGCCUGGUGGAGCCGUUCUGGCCACUGGGAACGGGGAUCGCUCGGGGGUUUCUUGGGGCAUUUGACACAGCGUGGAUGGUGAGGAGCUGGGGAAUGGGGGUCGCUCCACUCAAGGUCGUUGCUGAGCGUGAGAGCAUAUACCAGCUCCUGUCUCAGACCACGCCCGAGAACACCAGCAAGCGCUACAGCGAAUACACCAUCAACCCUAGAACUCGCUACACCAGAGUCAACCUGUCCUCUAUCAACGCCAGGCAGGUACAGCAUCUUCACGUUGUUGAUAAUUCAAGCACGUUGACCAGGAACCAGAAGAAGCGGGAAACUCACAUGCGCCAAGAUUCAGGUACUGCUUUGGAAGACUUGCUGACAUGGUGUCAGAUACACACGGCAGGACACAAGGGCGUAUCUGUGAAGGACUUCACUCAGUCCUGGAGGUCCGGCCUCGCUCUGUGUGCUCUGAUCCAUCACUUCAGACCCAAGCUCAUAAACAUGAGCUCCUUGGAGCCAAAUAAUGCCAUUCACAACAACCAGCUGGCUGUCCACAUCAUAGAGAAGGAGCUUGGCAUCCCACCGGCCCUGUCUGCUGCCGAUUUGGCCAACAGUGCUGUGAUUGACAAACUGUCCAUGGUGCUCUACUUGACCCAGAUCAGAGACGCCUUCACCACAUCAGCAAAGGAAUCACCAGGAUUCUUUGCAAAGUCCAAAACCUGGAACCUGGCCAAAGCACAGGCAGCUGUCGUCUUCCUGAGCAAGCUGAAGAACAGCUCCCUGCAGAGGCAAAAGGAAACAUUGGGAGCAGAGAGGCUGGCCAGAGAAGGACGGAGCAGGAUGGGAGACGAGGAUGCUUGCCUCAGGGCAGCUUCAGACCAGGCAGAUGGACUUCGACAGGAUGUUGAGGCGUCUAACAGCAGCUAUGUGACUCCAACCAUUCCAGCUAAUGCUAGUCCUUCACAGGUGGUGGAGCCCCCUGUCUGUCCCAAGACGGAACAUUCGCCAGAGCCUGAGUCCAGGCCCAAUUGCGAGACGUGUUUCUUCUGUGAUCAGAAAGUCUACGCCCUGGAGCGCAUCAGUGCCGAGGACAAGUUCUUCCACCGCGGCUGCUUCACCUGCUGCCAGUGUGGGGUCACGCUCAGACUGGGAGGAUAUGUUUUUGACCAGGGGACAGGGAGGUUCUUCUGCGAGCUGCACGCCGAAGAGCCGGAGCAGCAGAACAGGCCCGGAAUAACUCGUGAGGGGGGAGGCAGCGAGGAUCUCUCCAGUGACGAUUACACUCUCUCUCCCUCUGAUGAGGAGUUUGGACUGGAUCACAGUCAACAAAAGCCUGACAGACCUAAUCCUGAAUCCAAAAAGGAAGAUGACGGAACGUUAAAACGGGAGUCGGUUCAAGAAAAUGAGCGCAAGACCGAGGAGGUUGGCCGUGUGGUGUGCUAUCCUGUUCCCAAACCCCGUCACUCCAAGCAGAGCACGUCUAGCCCACAGCCCUCUCCACCCAUUGCCAAACCCAGGAACUUCCUCUUGUCAGACCCCUUGACACCUGACAGACAUCCAGACUCAGACUCUCGUCCUAAACUUUCCCUGCGGAAGCUUCAGCUUAGCAUUGAGGAAAAGAGCCAGCUUGGGAACCUGCAGAGCUUCAGUGCUGACUCAGACUCGGAAACACCGGGUGGAUCCUCAUCCUGCUCCUCUUCCUCAGUGACAGCAAGUGGAGCAAGCUUUCGGAAAGUUGAAGGCCCAGAUGGUCCAGACGAGGAGGGCUACUGGAGCGGUAGCACGGCCAGUCACAUGAGGGAUAGAAGAAACCGCCGCUGCUUCAAGAAGAGGGAGAUGGCUGGGGUGAGCCAGAACCGAGUGCGAUCCAAGUUCUCCCCGUGGAAUCUGUCGUCCCCUAGGAUCAGCCGCGACAGUCGUCUCACUGUCCUGGUUACUCAGCCGGGAAGAGUCGAAACUACAUUCCGACGUCUCUCCAGUCCCUCGGAGGGUGUUGACGGAGAUGAUGAUGAUGAUGAUGAUGAUGACGACGACGAUGAUGAAGAUGAGUACGACCUGAUGGAAGACAACAUCGACUUUUUAGAGAAGAAAUUCCCGACAGCGACAUCAGACCCAGUUGAGGCCGAGAAAAUGGAGAUGAGGAAGAUGAGAACUCUGGAGCGCCGAGCCAAGAUGAGCGAGAUCAAGAGAUUCCAUGAAGCUCAGUCAAUCCAGAGAAGACUGGAGGAGAUUGAGGAGACCUUCAGGGACUUGGAGGAGAAAGGCGUGGUGCUGGAGAAAACCCUGAGAGGCGAGGCUGAUCAUGCAGUGGAUGCCACCACACAACUGAUGACACCUGACAGCAGCGACGGCACACCGGAAGCAAUAGACGAGUGGUACCAUUUGGUGCGCGAGAAGAACUCCUUGAUGUCAGAGGAGUCCGAGCUCAUGGUUCAAUCUCGACAGCUGGAACUUGAAGAUAAGCAGAGCAUGUUGGACCUGGAGAUCCGGAAGUUCGUGGACAUUAAAGAUAAGACGCCAGAGCAAAAGGAGGAGGAGGAACGGAUCCUCCGGGAGAUGAUGGAGGUUGUGGACACGCGCAACUCUCUGGUCUCCUUCCUGGAAGAGAAACGGCUGAAGGAUCUGGAGGAGCAGGAGUUCUUCUCUGUCGUAGACACCAAGCGACACUCGACAGGAGCUCAGGUUCACUGGUUGUAA